AUGGUCCUUGAACCAGAGCUCCCAAACUCUCUGGCAGAUAGGAUGGCCGAUGCUGUCUUUCAAGUUUAUGAGAGAGAUAAGAUCCUGGCCCAAAACAAAGCAGCCAAACCUGUCACCCGCACCAGUGGAGUCGAAGAAUGGACAGUUCUGGCUAGCAUUCUAAUGAUACACGAUAACAAAGUCAAACCGCUCACGUUGACUACUGGUGUGAAAUGUAUGCCUGAUGAAACUUUGAAAAACAGCCGGGGAAGAAUUGUCCAUGAUAUGCAUGCUGAAAUAUUAAGCAUUAGAGCUUUUCAAAGGUUUAUCAUCCAAGACAUGGAUUUUCUGAGAGUGUUAGAAAAGACACAAGAGGGACUCAAAGUGAAAGAUGGCAUAGAAUUUGCGUUGUAUAUUAGUGAGCUGCCUUGUGGAGAUGCCUCAAUCAAAGACGCGGAGAGGUGGGAGUAUGGUUUUGGGAUAGUUGAUGGAAAAAGCAAAAGAGUAAGAUUGAGUGAAUCUGUAUUGCUUAGAGGAAGAAGUGAUGUCGGCGAUCUUGGAAAAGUCAGAACAAAACCUGGUAGGGGUGAUUCGUUUGUUAGUUUGAGCAAAUCUUGCUCAGACAAACUGGUAAAGAUACAGAAAGUUGGACUUUUCAACGGUGUGGUUAGCCAAUUUGUUUCUCAGAAACACCUGAAAUAUUUAGUUCUCCCUCAUGUCCCUGGCUCCUCCGAAAGUAUAAAUAGAUGCUUCACCCGUUUGAAAGGAGAAAGAAUGACGAUUUUGACAACAUCAAGAGACUUUGUACAUCGCAGAAAGGAUGGAAAACUUCCAUGUAAUAUUAGCAUGAUAUACCUCGUGGACCAGCAAUUAGAACUACUCUGUAAAGGGAUCAAGAACGGUACAAAAGGCGUUUCAGAUAAGAACAGCAGUAUGGUGAGUAGAUACAACCUGACCAAAGCAAUUGAAAAGCAUUUGAAUCGUGAAAAGCUAGAACUUGCAACUAAGAGCUAUUACCAACUAAAGAAAAACGGAAACCGAUACGAGCAAGUGGAAAAGUCUAAAGCAGAACUAGGCAAUUGGGUCCCUACAUACAGAGAUGACUUUUCUCUUUAA